CUUAGCAAAAGAGAGCAACGGAUUUUGCAAAGAAGAAAGCAUGUAGAAAAUUUACUUCAAUGGCAAAUGAAACUUGAUAGCGAAGAAAUGGCAGUCAGAGAACUUGAACAGAAAGCUCUGGAGUUAGUAAAUCAGAGCAAAAAGAAAGCAAAAUACUAUGUUUCUUCUUCCUCAACUCCACUUAAUGACAAUGCAACACAAAAAUCUGAAGUCAUUGACGAGACAUCCAUUAAUUCAAAGCAUUCUCUGAGUAACACAUUGUCUUCAACAGAAACACCUUCUAGCAUUAUCAGCCAUAUUUCUGAUGGUAAACAAGUUGAAUCCAUUGUUGAAGAACACUUAGAGAUUUCUGGAAGCAGUACCAUUGAAGAUAUUGUAGCUGACAAAGAAAACAGUAGUCCAUCUAAUGCUGUGCCAUCAGGCUCAUUUCAAGAACUAAAAAAUGGCAGUUCAGAGUCGUCAAUAAAAACCAUCAAUGAUACUGCGGAAAGUUCUCAUCUGGAAGAGGAAAUCAAUACAGAUGAAAAUUUUACAAAAUAUGUCUCAGCAUCUGCAAAAACUUCAAGUCCAGAUGUAUACUCUGAUUCUUUUGACUCUUCAUCAAACAGGAAAUCAUCAUCAUCAGCAUCAAAUAUGGAACCAUUAAAAAGUACUGGCAUGAAAAAGAGCUCUCCAAUUAGCAUCAGACCUCCCCUUAUACCCCGUAAUAUCAAACGUCAUGAUUCUAGUGGAUCUGAUGAUUCUUACACUAUUUCUCAUUCAGAAACUGCUUCUGAUCAAAGUGAUAUUGAAGUUCGUAUUCAUGCUUUAACACAAGAACUGAAACUACGUAAAGCAGAAGCUGAAAAGUUGAAAAGGGAGAGAAAAAAGAGGUAUUACAGAGAACAGCUGAAAGAAAAAGAGCUCUCUUUGCAGAAGCAGCUUGAUGCUUAUAAUCAAUUUGUGCAACAGACAAAAUUGGAGUUAGAAUAUCAGCGUAAAUGUAUCACAUCCUCAACUCAAACUGUGGAUACUUCUGUUGUGAAACCUCAAAUUAAAUGGCCACGCACAGAUCAAACAGCUGACUCAAGACGCUUGAGGAAACAGUCAACAUUAUUUACUGAUGCAAUUUCUCCUGAGAAAAAGGUUUCUGAGAGUGCAAGUGACAGUUUUGAAUCAACAGAAGGUCCUCCGAGUAGUCUGCAAAAUAAAGGAGCAAGUUCAAAAGAACUAUCUGACAAUUUAAAAUCAGAUUUGAAUUCUCAGAAUGAAACAUCAGCAAAUUUAUCAUCUUCUGUGGUAAAAGACAUAGCAGAAGCUACAAAAGGAGAUGAACAUACAUCAAAUGAAUCUUCAGAAAUCCAAGAAGUAUCUGAAAUAUUACAAAACAUCACUCAUUCUUCAAAUGAAGAAUCCUUUAGUGUAAAAGAAAUUGUACAUAGUUCAUCAGAUAAAUUGCUUGUGGAAGCAAAAGAAGUAACUGAAUUGCUAGACGCUGCUCACGAUCUGUCUGGUGUUUCUUUGGAGAGUGUUGAAUCUUCUGAAUCUGCUCAAGGGAAAGUCAAUAGUCAGAGUGAUGUUGAAUCAAAAAGUACUCUGCAUUCAGACACUUUUGUGUCUGAAUCAUCAUCAAAAACACUGGAACUUUCAAGUAAUGAACAACUGCCAAGUAGUAAUGUUAUUUUGAGAAAAUCCAUCUCAGAGGCAGGGCAUAAUUCUGAGCAAAGCCUUAAUAGUGGUAAGAAGGCAACAGAUGAUACUACUCAUACUACAGAUGGAGAUUUAUCUUCAACUUCUCAAUCAAUGUCAAACUCUGCAUCUGUUGAAGAAGAAUUGGAAAGUGGAGACUUGACUGAAAGUUUCAAGUGCGAUAACUCAGAAGGAUGCCCAUCUCCAAGUAAAUUGGCCAGUGUCACUUAUGUAGCUGAUACUCUAAAUGUAUCUGUUCCUCUGGGUAUAAAUGAAAUAUCAAUUACUAAUAAUAGUAAUUCUCAUUCAUCAGACUUAGAAAUCUUAACCAGUGGUAGUAGCCAGAAUGAUGAAAACACACCUUUGGUUACCAAAAAGAGUCCUAAAACUGAAACAUUUAUUGUAAAUGUUGUUAAUUAUGUUUUUUCUUCCCUGCUUGAUGAUGCAUUUAGAUGUAUGCAACACAUAUUCAGUGAAAAUUUCAUCAAAAAGUCAAAAACAGUGAACUCAGAAUCAAAGGUAGGAUGUAAUUUUUCCAGUUUAUCUAAAAAUUAUCACAAUAUUUCAAAAUGUACCACUGCAGCUAGCUUAGAAUUGACAAAAAAAUAUAUUUUAGAACCAUCUACUGAUUUUGUCAUAAAAAGGACUGAUGAAAAAUGUGCUGAAACAAUUUCCAAAUCUGUCUUAGAUGAAUAUCUGAAAGAUGCAAUUCAUUCGGUCAUGGAACUUUAUAAAAAUCUUCAUGUUAGUACAAAAGGCUGUAAUGCUGUACAUCAUGAAAAAUUAAGUGAAUCAGAAUCAAAGAACAGCAAGAGUAAAACUGUCCAUCAUGAGCUUGUUGAAUGCUCAAAGAAUCCAAUCUCUAACAUAUUUUCAUCAAAUGCAGAGAAUUCCAUAGAUUUAUUAAAGAAUAAUGUCAUUCCGCAUGUGCAAGAUUUUAAUGAUAAUAGCAUUUUCAACAAGCAUCCAAACUGGCUUGAAGAUAGUUUUAUAGCAUCACAAAGUGAAGCUCAGCUUCAGCAACAACUGUUACUUCAGUACCCAUAUUAUUAUCGUAAAAUCCCUAAUAAACCUCCACCUCCAUAUACACCACCUGUAACUGUUGAACAGACUUCUCCAAAUAUUUACCAACUUACUGUAGUUAAAGAAAAAGUUGUUGAAAAGGUUGAUACUGUUAAAUAUGUCACAAAAAACAUUGAAAGUGUUGUUGAUUCAAUAGUUGAUGUUUUACUCAGUGGUAAAAGAAAAGGACUGAUGAUAAAUGAAAUACCUUCGCCAGAUUUUAGCUCACUUUUUCAGAAGUUAGGCCUGACAAUGCCCUCUCAACUAAGUUUUCUUGAUCUGAUAUUUGAUUUAUGUAAAGAAAUAUCUUUGAAUUUAUACAGUGAAACAAUUGAAAAACCUGAACCUUGGCUUAGACCUCGAAGGUUGACACCUAAGCCUUUGUUUCCUGAAGACAGAAACAAACUAUACAGUAUACUUCUACAAGAAGUUCAAUAUGAAUUAAAACUUUUAUCUAAAAAUUCAACAGAAUCUCAGAAAAAGCGAUCCCUCUGGUCUGUAAUGAAAUUAGGACGAAAGAAAAGAGAUUUUGUUGAUACAAUUUUAAUUAGUGAAUUAAAAGAAGAAGAACCAGAUUGGAUCAGUUAUGACCAGGAUGAAGUCACUGUCAAAUUUCAAAUUGCUGAUUCAAUUUUAAAUGUUUUGCUUGAUGACACUGUUCAUGUUAUUCAAGACCUUGACAAAAGAAUUAGAAAAUUAUCUUGAUUAAGAAAUUUGUAGCUGUAUAC